AUGCACUUUCGAAUUUCCGCCACAGGCCUUCUGGCCAUGGCUGUCUCUGUCCUCGCCCAGACGGCCGACUUCGACCCGAUCUACAAGCCCGCGUCCGACGAGAAUGUGCCCGCCGGCAAUUCGUACCAGGUGACAUGGACCAGUCCUGCAAAAUACAGCAACGGCACCGUCUCCAUUCAUCUCAUCGGCGGCGAUAGCCCCGCCACUCUGACCCCCAUCAUGGACAUUGCCACUGGCGUCAAAAACUCGGCAAACAGCUACGUUUGGAACGUGGCCGGAUCCUUGGGCGACAAGAAAGUCUACGGCCUCGUCUUCAAGUGGGAGAAGGAUCCGUCGAUUUAUCAGUACUCGAACCCCUUUCACAUCAAGGGUUCUGGUCCCCAGUCAAGCAGCAGCCCGAGCAUGACGUCGGUUCGUCCGACGACGUCCAUACCCGAUGUUCGCAAUAGUAUCGUGACUGCUUCAACCUCGACGACUUCUUGUUCGACCCGCUCGACCAUUUUUGAAACGAGCACCUGCAACGAGGUUGGCUGCACAGGGAGCAUCGGGAUGACGGCAUCUGUCGCGCCCACCCCGCCUGUAGUCGCGCCCACCCCCCCUGUAGUCAUGCCGGCCGAACCAAAGACCUCGGUCAGCUCGGAGACACCAGUCAUUCCACCAGGACCAGUCUUGCCAGAGACAGGUGAGACACCGGGCACACCCGUUGACGAUGAGCCUGUCCUGCCUAUUAUCAACGAGGAGCCCGUCAAACCCGUGGUCAACCCGGAACCCGUCAAACCUGCCGUCAACCAAGAGCCCGUGGUCAACCAGGAGCCGGUGGUCAACCAGGAGCCGGUGGUCAACCAGGAGCCGGUGGUCAACCAGGAGACCGUGGUCAACCAGGAGCCCGCGAUCAACCAGGAGCCUGUCAAACCUGCCGUCAACCAGGAGCCCGUUAAACCUGCCGUCAACCAGGUGCCUGCCAAACCCGCCGUCAACAAGGAGCCCGUCAAACCCGUUGUCAACCAGGAGCCCGUCAAACCCGUUGUCAACCAGGAGCCCGCCCAACCUGCUGUCAAUCAGGAGCCCGUCGCGCCUGUUACACCGGGCAAAGCUGUCGUGCCUAACCCCCCAAAGAACGGGCAGGUCGCACCGAGUGAGGAUUGCACCACCUCAACGAUUCGUCUUACCGUUUCGACGACGGUCACCAUGUCCGCGUCGACAACCAUUAUAUCCAUCACGCCGACCGGUUCCGAGUGCGGUCUUGCUUGCCCCAAGUCCUACAGCACCCCCGUCGCGGUGCAUACACCUGUCGAGGUUAACACACCCGUCGAGGUCAACACCGCCGACAUCCCCGAACCUACAGCCUACAAUGCCCCCGAGCCUGUCGCAUACCCCAGCGAUGGUGGGUUUUCCUCCAGUGACCUGUUAUCGAACUCGAGCUCCAACUAUCCGGAUCCCAUUCUGGUCAGCAGCGGUUCCAUGGUCAGCGUCGGUUCCAUUGGCGCAUUAGCUGCAGUCAUUGCUUUCUUCGCUCUGUAA